AUGCCAUUUUCGAUACUGAUAACAGCCAACAAUUGACUGAUUUAGUCACUGUUUUGACCUGAACCAGUGCGUGUCGAUUGCGAAAUUGCUCCGCAUUCUGAGUGAGCAGAGGAAUUGGGAAGAGCGAGAAAAUCCCCUGAGAAAAGAUGCUGGAGGGCGACGGAGUCAAGAGUCUUGGCGAUGAGAAUUACAUUUCUCAGCAGAACCGAGCGGAGCCCAUCUUGUAUCGAGAGGACCAGGGAAUUAUUACGGCUCAGCCUAAACCACCCCAUUCAAAUCAGCAAAUGUCCAUAUCAACUGUGCAAGUGGGCGAACACACUCUAGGCGCACCUGUGAUCCCUUUUAUCCAUCGGACUGGAAUUGAUACCCUUCGUGGGCAGCCCUCAAUUCAUAUCCAGCAGACAUUUGAGCUCAUAAACAACUUAUCGGCCGUGUCGUCUGAAAAUCGCUACACUGUGCGAGCUGGCAGUGGCGAAGCCUUGUUCUACGCUUCUGAGACUUCCUCGAAGAACAGUCGUCUUCUAUGCGGCUACUCACGUCCCUUUUCCAUGCACAUCACCGACAAGACGAACCGAGAGGCGCUCACGCUGCGGCGAACGACGUGCUGCGGACCCGUCUAUGCGCCGCUCUGCGUGAACCAGACAGUACAGGUGUGGACUCCUCCUGGAGAUCUGCUGGGCUACGUUGAGCAGGCCGACUCCCUGACCAGUUGCGACUUUCGCGUGCUGCACGCCAACAAGGAGGUUUUGUACUACAUUCACGGUCCUCAUUCCUGGACUGGCUUCCUGCCCAGCGAGACGUCCUUCAGGCUCAUGAGCUUAGACAUGUUGACUCAAGUUGGGACGAUUUCGCGGACAUGGAACUCCGAGAUUUCAAUGCAUUCCCUCAACAUCUACUUCACUGAUCAGGAUUUGGAUGUGAAGAAGAAGUCCUUAAUGAUAGGGGCUGCUUUCCUCAUGGAAUACAUGUACUUCCAGGGCAAAAAUUGGUGUUCGUGCUGAAAUAAGCAUCGCCACAGCAUGCAGACGUCCGUUAUAUUUCUACUCUCUUUUGAAUCCAAUAAACUUUUGGGAUAAAAGCUCGCCUGCAGAAAU